UGUUUUGUUAUUUUCACGACGAGCUGGGAAAACUAUUCUGCACCGAACCCCGGGAAAGUAGAUGCUGGUUAUAUCAUAGGAUCACUGGGCUGGAUAGACGAUGUGCACAUUGAAAAUUUUGAGCAUAAUAAACGCACCGAUAAGAAAUAACGGUGACUUUUGAUGCAGUGUAAGUGAAUACUCCCAAACAACGAGUGGAGUUAAUUUGCGGGGAGGCUGUCCGAAGACUACUGCCGUGGUUUAGCUUGUAAUUGACGGCCAAAGCCAGCUGCUCAUGUGUGCGUCGAUCGAAGAGGACUACACGUGCACGAUUUGUGAGAUACACUGCAUGAACAACAUCGCUACACCUUAGAUUAUAACUUGGAACAACUUUUACGAAAUGACAGAAACGACACAAACACCUGUUCCAAAUGGGAAGCCAUCGGCAAAGGAGAAAGAAAGCAAAGAGGAGGAGUUGCUGGGUUCUACAUUAUCUUUUCAUGACAUCAACUGCGAGGUGAAAGUCAAAGUCAAGCGAAAGGAUGUUACAAAAACCAUCUUAAAUAACAUAACUGGAGUAUUCCAGCCUGGGAUGAAUGCAAUAAUGGGACCAACAGGGAGUGGAAAAACCUCCCUUCUUGACAUCUUGGCGAGACGCAAAGAUCCCAGGGGAGUGAGCGGGACUGUGCUGGUAGACGGCGCAAAGCAACCUGCUAACUUCAAGUGUAUCUCUGGCUACGUGGUGCAGGAUGACGUUGUCAUGGGAACACUGACAGUAAGAGAAAAUCUUGCCUUCUCGGCCGCCCUUCGUCUCCAGGGUAAUUUCAGCCACUCGGAACGGGCGGAGAGAGUUGAAGACGUCAUCACAGAGCUCGGACUGUCAGAUUGUGGGAACACAAGGGUUGGGACUGAGUUUAUCCGGGGCGUCUCCGGUGGAGAGAGGAAACGUACUAACAUUGGGAUGGAGUUGAUCACCAAGCCAAGCGUUCUGUUUCUUGAUGAGCCUACAACGGGUCUGGACGCCGCUACAGCCAGUGUUGUUAUGCUUCUCCUCUCAAGAUUGUCCAAGAGAGGGCGCACUACCAUUUUCUCUAUUCACCAGCCAAGAUUCUCCAUCUACCGGCUUUUUGACACGCUGCAUCUUCUGGAUAAAGGCGCAACAGUUUACCACGGACCCACGGAAGGGGCUCUCAACUUCUUUGAAUCAAUCGGUUACCAGUGUGAGGAGCACAACAACCCACCAGACUUCUUCCUUGAUGUCAUCAAUGGCUACUUGAAUUCAUCUCUUAAGUCACUUGGUCCUGCAGCAGAGGAGAAUGGUGAUUGUGAGAAAGGCACCCAAGUCAUACUGACUGAGAUGGACAAUGGCCUCUCCGCUAACCCAUCUCUAGCUGAGCUGUUCAAAGCGUCAACGGGACAUGAAACGAUGACUAGCGACGCCGGUGUCAUCCAUCUGUCUCAUAAAAAUGGGGAAGAUGACGCGAUUGUGCAAGAUAUUCAAUAUGCAACUUCCUUUCCUGUCCAGUUGAAGUAUGUCUCGAAGAGAACCAUCAUCAAUUUCAUCAGAAGUCCACAACUUGCCAUAUUUCAGCCUCUGAGUAUGAUUUUCCUUUCCCUGGUUCUUGGUGUCAUCUUCUGGCAACUGGACCUCUCGUUAAACUCCGGAAUCCAGAAUAGAGUUGGUGCGUUUUUGUUUGUGACCAUGAAUAUGGUGUUUGGAAACAUGAGUGCCAUCGAAGCCUUCAUCCAAGAAAGGGUCAUCUUUGUACAUGAGACAGCGAGUGGUUUUUACAGGGUGUCCACUUUCUUCAUCUCAAAAAUAUUCUGCGAUCUGUUGCCAAUGAGAAUAUUACCAACGGCUUUGUUCGCUCUCAUUACGUACUGGAUGCUUGGUUUGAAGGCGACAGCAGGAUCAUUCUUUGUCUACCUUUUGAAUCUGAUCAUGACGACGUUUACUGCUUGCAGCCUCUCCUUUGCCAUCAGUAGUACGGUCACCUUACAGAGUGUCGCCACUUUACUUGUCUCCUUGUGUUAUGUCGUCAUGCUUGUAUUCAGUGGCCUACUGGUCAAUAUCGCAUCCUUACCCUCCUGGUUGCAGUGGAUCCAAUACCUAAGCUUAUUCAGAUACAGUCUCAAUGCGUUGAGUAUAAAUGAACUUGUCGGACUGAAGUUUUGCGGGAUGAUAGGCAACAGUACUAUCUGCAUGUCUGGAGAGUCUUAUCUCGACGGUCAAGGGAUCAAUUACUCAACCUGGGGACUUUGGCAGAAUGAAUUUGCUCUUGGCAUCAUGUGUGUUUGCUUGUUGCUUCUGACCUACAUCAAACUCAGAUUGAUUCCUAAGUACAAGUAGAAUUGUUCAUCGGCAAGAUGGGUCUCAUGUACUACCGCAGACACUUCCUACAAGAAGACAAUUCCAAAGUAAAAGAACAGUUGUCCAAUAAUAAGAUGGGUCUUAUGUACUACCGCAAACACUUCCUACAAGAAGGCAAUUCCAAAGUACAAGUAGAGUUGGCCAACCGCAAGAUGGGUCUUAAGCAGCAAGAUGGGUCUUAAGCAGCAAGAUGGGUCUUAAGCAGCAAGAUGGGUCUUAAGCAGCAAGAUGGGUCUUAAGCAGCAAGAUGGGUCUUAAGCAGCAAGAUGGGUCUUAAGCAGCAAGAUGGGUCUUAAGCAGCAAGAUGGGUCUUAAGCAGCAAGAUGGGUCUUAAGCAGCAGGAUGGGUCUUAAGAUUGUAGAGAUUACAAGUAAGGCAAUUCCAAAGUACAAGAAGAGAGCUUCCAAAAAGCAUAGUGUUUUCGAAGUACUGUUCAGACUUUUUUAAGCAGUGUGAUUCCAACCAAGCAAUGUGUUUCCAAAGUACUUGUUUAAACUUCCAUGAAGCAAGAUGAUUUUGAAAUACAAAAUAGAGCCUUCUGGAAAAGCAAGGUUAUUCCAAAAUACAAGAGACUUCCACCAAGCAAGGUGUUUCCAAAGUACUUGUUUAGACUUUCAACAAUCAGAAUGAUUCUGAAGUGGAGCCUUCCAGAGAGCAAGGUACGAGUAGAGAGUUUUCAACAAGCAAGGGGAUUCCAAAGUUCAAGUUGAGCUACACACCAAAUAUAAAGUGAGGAUGUAAACAGCGAGAUGUUUGAAGAGCUACAUCACUUCUCAUUAUGAUAAGUCAGAAACUACAGAUGCAAAGUGGAGUUCAAAGAAGAUGAAGAUGGCUGAGUGUGUGCUUUCAUAUUAAACCCCAGAGAUCCGUGUCAUCAGGCUGUUUCUGAAUCAAUGGCUUUGGUUGUGGCUCUGGCUGAAUCACCGACAAGGCUCGGAGUUUACCAUUAGCCAUAGCCGUAGCUUCUUCCCUCACACAAAAAGUCCUAUCUUGUAGGCGGAAUUCUGAUAGAUUCAUAGAUAUUUAAGGAUUCCUAUUCCAUUUUUUGUAAGGGUUGGUUCAGAUUCAGCCUAUUUUAGUCAUUGUCAUAGCAUGGUCUGAGUCUUCAGGACACAGGCUAUAUCUCUGGGCCCAGAUACGUGUAUAUAGUUCUAUUUAAUAAAAGGGUAUAUUGUUUUUCUUACUUAAAAUAAAUUUAAUGUAAAGAUGAGAAGUUUAUAAAUGUUUGAUGUGAACCAACAGGGUAUUGAAGGGUAAAUGGAUGGAGGUGUAGACAGUUUUUUUUUAAAAACAAAAAACAUAUGGAAACAAUAUUUAACAAACUAAAAUUAACAGCUUAUGUUGCG